UCCAAACUCUCAGGGUGUUUACGGUAAAUCGAGUAUGAGUUAGUUCCACCAGAACCGAAAAAUAUGAUAGGCACGACCACCUAAUACCUUCAUGAUUUAUGACAACUCAAUGCUGUCCGGUAAGGCGAGUAGAGUUAGUUAACCUAGUAAAUAGCGUUCGAACGAGUCAACAUUAUCAGGAAAAUUAUAAAUAUUAAAUUGAAGUUAUAAAAAGUUAUGAGAAAAUAUCAUGUAUUUGUGGAAUAUCCGAAAUAAGAAAUUCAAUUAUUCUAAUCUACAACACAUUUAUUAAAGUUCCACAGAUUUGGCUUGGUCUAUAGUGCUACAGAAUGGCUCAAUCAUUAAAUGAAGUGCAUGAUGCUGUAAAUUACAGAACUCAGUGGACUGAUGCGAUGGUGAAAUUGCUGUUAACUGAAAUAAAUAAGCAUGUAGAAUCUUUUACGAGUCCAGUAAAUAAGCAAGUGUGGAAAAACAUUGCUGCAUCCAUGAAUACUCAUGGUUACAAUUUGUCGGCGGAAAAUUGUCACGUGAAAUGGAUUGGAAUGAAAAACAAAUAUAAAAAUAUAAAAGAUGCAAAUAAUAAAACAGGCGCAGCAAAAGAAACAUGGGAAUAUUAUAAUAUUAUUAACGACAUGUUAAUUAAAAAACCAGAAAUUGCACCGUUAUCUCUAGCAUCAAGUUCACGAGGUUUUCAACUGAAUAAUACUUUAAAUACAUCUGACAGUAUAAAUAUAGAGACAAAUUGUAAUAACUAUAAUGAAGAAAACGCAGAAAAUUUAUUACAUUUCGGAUCAACUAACUUAGCACAGAAGCGAAUAAGUAGAAAAAGAAAAUCCCAAAUACCAUCUUGGGUUGAACAAUUAAUUGAACAAAAACAACGACAUCAUGAAAACAAUUAUGCUCAGCGAGAGCGAUUUUUAUCCUUAUUAGAAAAAUCUUUAAAUACAUAAAGUUAUAUUAUAUAAAUAUUUCAGUUAUGUAGUUGAAAGUAUAAGAAGAUAUAUGAUAUUAAAAGUUUUAUUAUAUUGUUAUCAUAAUAUAAUAUAUUUUUUUGUUAUUAUGUCUAAAUGUUUCACUGGUUUUUGUUACACGAGUCAAAUCAUAUUUCUUUCUUCAUUUAUAUUUUUAAGUAUGAAUUCAUACUUAAAUAGUUUGUAAUACUUGGCCGCAACGCGUUAUGGUUGAUAAAAAAAUUAAUUUAUUAUUAUUUUAAUGUUCUUAUUAAGUUGUGUUAACUAUAUAAAUAUAUAAAGGAGGAGUAAAAAUAUAUAUACUGUUGUCAUAUUAUUUUUGCGUUCAAAAAAAUAUCUGCUUAUUAUUUAUUACUCUUAAAGUUCCUAAAGUUACAUGUAUUUAAAAGUUAUAUAUAAGAAGUGUAUUAAAUACGAUUAGUAUUGAAUGCUUUGAAUUUUUUGACAUCCUAUCUGUUCCAUUUUAUAUUUUUUUUUCUUUAAA